AUGCCUCGUCAAGUAGCACCACCGCCAUCUGGAGAGUUUCAGGUCGUCCUCUCCAAGCCUUUCUCCGGCGCCCCAACACAUCAGAUCGAAGUCAUCGGCGAGCCCAACCGUUCCGCAAGCAUCCGACGCACAGAAUACAACGGCGGUGGAAAGUCGUCAGAGAAGAAGGGCGAUGUUCCUACUGACGAUGUCAAAGAGCUCCUUUCUCUCGUGAGCCGGCUACGAGGCUUCCCAUCGCACGCUUCGAAAGACGUCUACGGCUUGGAUACCAAGGUGGAUUUCAACACAUUCGAGAUUCAGUGGGGUAAUGCGGAUGAUGACUCGGCGGCAGACGUUGUCAAUGAGAUUGCGGGCGAGCAGAAGGACGACUUCAAGCGGAUUGUAGACAGCAUUGAGGCUUUGGCAAGGACAUUCGCUAAGCAGGACUCAGCGGUGUAA